CGGCAGGAGCUCGUCCGCCCCCGCCCCCGCCCUUGGGGCCGCCGCCGCCGCCUCCCGCGGGCAGCCGGCAGUGUGCGGCGCGGCGCGGGCGCAGCUCGGCGGCUUUACUGGGAUGCGUGAGCAGGCACUGUUAGAGGAUUUGAGGAGCGCUGUGCUCGGGCGGGGGGUCCCCGGGAGGCCCCGGAGGAUGACACGGAGGGUUUUUCUGUUUCGGUGGAGGCUGGAGAGCGCUCUGGCUCGGAAUUGAAAAACGAAUUGGUUUUUCCUGAGAAGCAGCGCGUGCGCUGUGGAAGCCGUUGGACAUCCAUUGACUUCCUCUGGGCGCUCUGUGAGGGUCUUCUUGUUCCCAGGGGCCACACAGAGCAGGAGCCGUGGGAUUAAUUCAUUUUUCACGAUAGCAAAAUUGGUUGGAAUCAGCAAAGAGAGCUCUGGGAGAUUUGUCACUGGGAAAGAGAUGUUUUUCCUCUCUCGAGGUUGUGAAAAAAGCUAGUGCAAAGGCUGAGAACAGAGUGGGGGGCAGAGCUUGUGGUUCAUCAAGUUUUCCCAACCUAUUUCCAUGUACAGUGAAGGGGCGGCGUGUGUGAGAUAAGCAGGUGGGGUGAGGAGGAUGAGCUCUGGUGCGGGCUGCGCUUUCUCUCAUUCAGGUUUAUUGCAGUAAAAUAUGCUGAGGAAAUGCUGUGGCACUGAGAGAUGAGAAACAUGGGAGAACUAACAGCAAGGGAGAGCCUGCCGUAUUUUCUUUUUUUCUGUUCUGUGUAUAAUGAUUUAAGAGGCAGAAACAUGAAAAGCCAAGGCCGCUUUCGAGGACAUGCAGACGUGAAGAAGAUGCCUCCAAGCGUGGCAGACCAGGCUUCAUUCGUCAAAGCGUUUCCUUGCUGGGGGGCUCCCUUCGUCGCAAGGUGCGGGGUCAGUGAUGUGUGAUCCCUAGGCAGCAAGGAGAAGGAAGAAACCUUGCCAUGGGGCACAACAGAAGCUGGAUCUCAAAAAACCAAAGCGAGCAUGCCCUCUAUCAAGCUGUCACCAGAGCUGUGGAGAUCAGGAAUGCGUCUGCGGCACAAAUCGCGUGGAACAAGAGGAACGCCAGUGGGAUCGGUUCCUUGGAAACUGGGGAGUACAGCGAAGAGCAAACCUACAGGCACUUCACUACUGCCGUGCAAGUUGUCAUCUUUGUAGGCUCUUUGCUGGGUAACAUCAUGGUGCUGUGGUCAACUUGCAGAACAUCAGUAUUUAAAUCUGUAACAAACCGAUUCAUUACGAAUUUGGCCUGCUCUGGGAUCUGUGCCAGCCUGGUUUGUGUGCCUUUUGACAUUGUUCUUAGUGCCAGUCCACACUGCUGCUGGUGGAUCUAUACGAUGCUCUUCUGCAAAAUUGCCAAGUUUUUGCACAAAGUUUUCUGCUCAGUAACCAUCCUGAGUUUUCCGGCCAUUGCUCUAGACAGGUACUACUCUGUUUUAUAUCCCCUGGAAAGAAAAAUAUCUGAUGCAAAAUCCCGAGACCUGGUUAUCUACAUCUGGGCCCAUGCAAUAGUGGCCAGCAUCCCAGUAUUUGCUGUGACCAAUGUGUCUGAUAUUUAUGCCAUGUCCACCUGUUCUGAAUCCUGGAGUUAUUCCCUUGGUCUCCUGGUGUAUGUCAUCAUCUAUAACAUCACCACUGUGAUUGUACCAGUGGCUGUGGUAUUUCUCUUUAUGAUUCUUAUCCGCAGGGCAUUGAGUGCCAGCCAGAAGAAAAAAGUCAUCAUAGCUGCCUUAAGGACCCCUCAGAAUACAAUAUCUAUCCCUUAUGCCUCCCAGCGAGAAACUGAACUUCAUGCCAUGCUACUUUCCAUGGUUAUGAUAUUUAUUUUCUGCAGUGUCCCCUAUGUGACUCUGGUGAUUUACCGCACCGUACUCAAUAUUUCAGAUAUUUCAGUCGUCUUGUUCCUCACUGCCAUUUGGUUGCCCAAGGUCUCUUUGCUAGCCAAUCCUUUGUUAUUUUUAACUGUCAACAAAUCUGUACGGAAAUGCUUAGUGGGGACCAUAGUACAGUUGCACCGAAGGUAUAGCAGGAGAAACACUGUCAGCUCUGGUGGUGUUGCAGAUGCUAACCUGGACCCCAAUGUCCGUUCAGGGAGCCAGCUUCUGGAGAUGUUUCAUAUCGGACAGCAACAGAUCUUCAAGCCGACAGAAGAUGAGAACGAAACCAAAUCUAUUGGCUCUGGUGACUUUCAGCAGAAGGAAAUUCCUACAACCAGUUUAGAGGUAGAACAGACUUUAGUUCACAAAUUUAUACCACACACAGUUGCAGACUCUGCAGCUAAGGUGGCCCCAGCUGUGCCCACAGAAGCUGACAUGGCAAAUGACAAGUAUUCCAUGCAGUUUGGUUUUGGACCCUUUGAGUUGCCUCCACAGUGGCUCUCAGAAAACCGAAACAGUAAGAAGCGACUCCUGCCUCCUUUGGGAAAUACCCCUGAAGAGCUAAUCCAGACAAAGCAGCCCAAGUGUAAAGCAGAAAGAAAAGUCAGCAGAAACAAAGUCAGUAUCUUUCCCAAGGUGGAUUCUUAGCAAGAGCAGGAGCUAUAAGUGACAGAGGAAUGUCACCUUCUAUUAUAUGUGUGAUCCCAUGGAUCUUUGUUAUGCUGAAAUUUGUUACAGGCUAAUUUUUCAAGCUAAUUCAAAAAAACCCCCACAUAUAUUCAAGUGUUCCUUUUUAAUAUGUUUUCAUGAAAAUAAUAUAUAUACAUUGAUUCUUAGUUUUAUUUGUGAAAUACCUACAAUAAUACAUGCCUGAUUCACUUUCACAGGGUACUCAUGGCUUUGGGAACAAUUCCUGUACAAAUGAAGUAUGAAAAUCUGGCAGCUGGCUUGCUGGGAAGUUUCAUGUUCCUUUAAAAUGGACUGGGUAUCGUAGCAACUUAACAGGGAAGGCUCUAGGGAGCACCAAACAGAUGCAAAUUGGAUAGGUCCUAACCUCACAGAAAUGGACACAACAAGCCUUUGCACAUUUCAUUAAUGAAGUUAAGAUGGACAACUUUGUCUAUUAAAUCCAUUUCUCAUACCAGUGUUAAAAACAAAAGUUGCCUUUUUGCACAUUAUUACAGUUACCACAUAUCUGCCAAACAUCUAAACUUUUUUUAGUUUAAAAUACGCUAAUUUUGACUUAAAACUUCAGCAAAGCCAAGGAUACCCAAAUCUUCAUAUAUAUCACAAAAACUGAGAAAAGAAAAAAACAUUCUGAAAUACCAUUUGCUUUUUAAAAACAUAUAUUCUUGUAGUUAAAUAAAAGCUGGAUUGGAGACAAUACAAGACAAAUCCUGACCCCAAUGAGAAAGCAUAUAUCUGCCAAGGACAUGAAUAGAACACUUUGAUCCUGUGAUAAAAGUGUGAUGUAUGUAAUAGUGUAUUAUAAAUAACCAAGGGGUCAGCCUUGAAAUAGACUCUUAUCUGCUGUUGCACUCUGCUUGUUUUCUUAGGGGAAAGCUAGCAAAUGAAAGCAAUGGGUCAAAAAUGCUAAUAGCCUUGUACUGGACUGCUGAGUGAGGAAGCUGAUAAUGGACCCCAAAAUGUAAGGUUUGCUAAUGCUGUUGUUCACUGUUGUCAGAGGGAGGGAGGUGCGGUAGGAGGCUUUCCUUUUACCUUUGUAGAUAUAAGUACCAGUCAUCCUACUCCACUCAUCUCACAGACUGGUUACCCAGCGUACAAGACUUCCAAAUCUGGUGCCUAAUUCCUGUGUGAAUCCGAUUCUCGCUGUUUCUGGUAUCAGCACACCAGCCUUUUUAUGAGUGUUCAGGCAAUGCCUGGCAGCUUACCUCCCUGCAUCAUCACAGGCAUAUUGUCUUGUGUAUACUGAGUGUGAAUUUUAAACUAUAUCAGUCUGUCAGAUGACCUUAAAACUACUGCAACCCUGGCAUUUUAAUCCUUGUUCAGUUGCAAGUAGUCUUCCUCAUCUGCAUUCAUUGUUGUCACACUGGGUAGUUUAUUAAGAGUACAGUCUAGUAACAUCUCCUGUAACUUAGCCCUCUGGUGCAUGCCAGACCUUUACCUGUAAUUUAUUGCCUGCUUAUCAAAGUAGUUUGCUUUAAAGCAUACUUUUAAAAAAGACUAGGUGAAGAAUCUUGCCAAGUUCACGGUUACUUGCCAAGGUCACAGUUACUUACCAAAUCCAACUGAUUACUGUUAAAAGUGAGGAAAAAGUACUGCUGAAGCAGAAUUUGGAGGUGUACCUGUUCCUCCUUUGACAUAGUUGAAGAAAGUCAGCAGUUUCUGAUGGCUCCAAGAGCAAUGGAUUUCUACAAGGCAUUCAAAACAAAUAUUGUAAUAAAAAUGUAGAGAGAAAAAAAGAACCCUUCUAAAUUACUGUGUAAAUGAUGCUUAUUUUCCCCUUUCCUCUUUGGUUUCAGUGACCUUAUGCUAGUCCAAGGGGUCCUCAGCCUGGGAGUGAGGAGCAGUCUUCAAUGGGUCCAGAUGGGUGGUGGGAAUUCCCAGCUGUCCUGCUUCUUACGUAUGGAGAUGAGAAGGCAGACAUAUCUUGCCUGAAAUCAGACAGAAAGAAUAUUCCAGGAAAAAGCAUUCCUUCUAUGGCAGAGAUGGAGAAGUACCAUAGCAGAUACUUUUGACAAGCAUUGAUAAAAAUUAUUUUAAGAGAGUGUUUUGUUUUUCCCAAAUUAAUGAAAGAACAGAUUCUGUUUAAAAAAAAAAAAAAUCAAAAGCAAGCUAGGUUACAAUUUCCGUAGGAAUUCUGGUUAAAUUAAGGUAUUUCUUGCACACUUAAUGUAGAUAAAGGUCAGAGUCUCUGAGGAAUGUGGAUAAAUGGACACAGAUCUGAACUCCCUUUGAGGAAAACAAUCUUAUCUUAGUUUUCUCCCUUCCACCUCUCAUGUUGAAUGAAAUGCCAUGAUAAAUUCAAAGAGCCAAAUUCCAUAGAUCUACAUAGUCUUGUAUCUAGAAAGCAAUUUUUUUUCUAUGCCUUAAGAAUUAUAUUGGAAUGCAAUAGCUGUGAAUAUUUCAUUUUAGUCCCUCUUUCAAUAGUUUAUCCAUUUGAAUUUUUAAGAGAAGUGGGAAAAAAUACACAAAAGCACAUCUUUAGAAAGAAUAAUCUGUGCAAAAUUCAUAAUACAGCCACUACAGUAAAACUGUCACCAGAGAAAAGUAAUUCAGGAGACUCUUAAUGCAAUAUGGAGUAUUUGACUUGUGAAGUUUGACUUUAAGUUAAUCUAUGGCAGUGUCAUUAGUGCUGUCAGUUGCCUUGUGUUCAAACGAUUUCUACUGGGCAAAAUGCUCCCCAGUGGCCAAUAUGAAAAAAAUCUCAAUUAUCAAGACUUGUUUUCUCCUUUAUCAUCACACUGAAGAUAAGCAAAACUUAUAUUUUGUUAUGAUGAAUAUCACAGGUAUUGCUGCUUCUCUCCUGAAUUUUUGUGAGGGGAAGUGAAGUAUGAAGCAAAGCUGUGGGAAGAGAAGAAAGGAAAGCCUGGGGCAAUUUGGUCUGUGCAAAGAUAAUAUAAAGGAUAAAUCUUACCACUGAAGAAUACGCUUAGAGGAGCUCAUUAUUCUGGUUCUUAGGGGAGAAAAAUAGAAAACGGAGCUCAUAUUAAACAAAAGGAAGAAAUCCUUUAGAAAGGAGAACAAGACUAUGUUAAUAGUUGGUGGAGGCAGUAGGGAGAUGAUGUUAAUUUACCGUUACCAGAUAUUCUCCAAAUAUAUUGUUACAUUCAAAAAGAUUCAUGUAAAAAUUAAAACAAACAUGUAAAAUUGAAAUGAACAAACCCCCUUUUCCAGAAAGGGGUCUGUUUAUUCCCCUAACAUUUAGAGGAAUUAACAUAAUGAAAACUAGCUGUGUUUGUCCUGAUUUGAGUACUGGAACUGUUACAGUCUACCUUAAAAAUACUGCCUGUUGUAAAGAAAAGCUACUUCAGAUGAGAACAUAGAGAAUGUUCAAAAUACCAAAGACAAAUAACUGGGCAUUAAAGAAAGCCUUGAUAAUGUCAUCUCCAAUCUGUAUAAAAACAAUGAAAGUAGUGUUUUGCCUACCUAUUUGUGAAAUAAAAACAGCAGAUGUGUAUUAAAAUGCUGUUCAGCAGAGGACUAUAAAUAAAAACGGUACUAAAGGGAACAAGUUCUCUGUAUGGCCCCUUCCCGCCCCCCCCCCCCCCAUUUGUGUUUCUUCUUGAUUGGAUUAGGGAAAGAUGAAUAAAUGAAUUCUGUUACUAUGGUGACUAUAUUCUCAGUAUCAAGACAGCUUGUCUAAGUGUGCCUUCAUCAUGUUUUAACCUGUCUUUUAAGAUGAAAAGCACAUCUUGGAGUGCUUUUCUUGCUCUGCCCUCUCUAGACACAAGAGUUUUCUCCAAUUAAACCCCUUUUUAUCCCCAUUGUAUUUCAGAGAACUCUCUCAUUUAUCAUGGAACAAAACUGACCUAUUCCCAGAAAGGCAAAAAAGGAAAUCAUAUCCUUUUCUCUGCUUUUCUAGUUCAAACUUCACUAUAAUAACUUCACCUGUAAUAACACUUGAGAUUCUGUAACAUUUAAGGAUGUUUACGAAAGUUCAGUCCUCUCCUUAGAAACGAAGCCUCUCAUGCUCUGUUUUGCAAACCUUGCAAUCCUGCUGAGCUCAUUUCAGUUGCAUGGGGUACAUGUCAGGAGAGCAGCAUUGCCAGUUCUCACAGGGUUCUCAAGUUGGAUUGCUCUCAAGACCUGUCCCCAAAACUCUGCAAUUCUGGGAAUCUCCACUGUCAUUAAAAACAACUCUUCUGUUUCUAGGCAUUGUAGGUACGAAUAAAGUUGAGAUAGUUCAACCUAAGGUCUCUUAAACCAGAGAUGGAGGGACACAAUUUUUAAUUUUUAGAAACAUUUUAAAGAUUUCAUAAUAUUUUGAGAUUUCUAAAUGUUGAGGCACAUUGUCCCCUUAAGUGUUCACUACUUAAUUAUUCCUUUUUUUCUUUUUUGAGUGUUCUCCACAAAGACUGAAACCACAUGUAGGGGAGAAUGUCUCUUCAACAAACUUAGAAAUAUAUGAAAAGAAAAUAACAUACCACUUCCAGCAAAAAGAGAAAAGGUGAUACAUUGGAGAUCUUUUGCCUAAAGGCCGUGUUUGAGCCUUUGAAGCUGAGGUUCAUAUGGUGAAGGGAGUUUCUCUGCAUUCUCUGCUACCACUUUAUCAUUGAGUCCUGUAUUAAAAAAAAAAAGUUAGUACAUACACAACAUACUAA